AUGUGGGGGCGCGGCAGGCCGCCCCGCAAGCCCCGCCCGUCCCCGAUCCUCGUGCCGCCGCCCCCGUCGUCGCCGCCACCCCGCCUGAAUCUCCUCCUCCCGAGAUCACUCCUCGCACUCGCCGCGCGCGCCGUGCCGUCGCGCCGCCCCUCCCCGGUCCUCCUCCUACUCCUCACGCUCUCGCUCGCCCUCCUCUUCCUUAUCCUCUCCCCUUCCUCCCCCUCCGCCUCCGUCUUCUCCCGCUCCCUCAGCUCGGGCUCCGCUAUCGCCUCCUCAUCUCCGGCGUCAACCUCCGCCCCGCCUGCUCCCGUCAAGAUCUACCUGUACGACCUGCUGGCCAAGUUUACCUAUGGCGUCGUCCGGAGCUACACGGCUGCGCGUGCGCCGUCGGGCUCGGCGGACGCCGCGGCGGCUCUGCCCGACGAGCAGCUGUGGUACCCGGGACACCAGCACGCGGCGGAGUGGUGGCUCUUCAAGGACCUGCUCCGACGCAGGCCGUGGGACCGCCCCGUGGCACGCGUGGACGACCCGAGCGAUGCCGACCUCUUCUACGUGCCCUUCUUCUCCUCCCUCAGCCUUGUUGUGAACCCCAUCCGCUCUCCGCCGGCAGCAAACGCCUCUGGGGCGGCGGCAGCGUACAGCGACGAGGCCAUGCAAGAGGAGCUGCUAGAGUGGCUGGAGCGGCAGCCUUACUGGCGGCGCCACAGGGGGAGGGAUCACGUUUUCAUCUGCCAGGACCCCAAUGCCCUGUACAGGGUGAUCGACCGGAUCAGCAAUGCCGUACUCCUGGUCUCUGAUUUCGGCAGGUUGCGCAGCGAUCAGGCAUCUCUCGUCAAGGAUGUCAUCCUGCCCUACUCACACCGAAUCAACUCCUUCAAGGGUGAGGUCGGGGUGGAUGGCCGGCCCUCAUUGCUGUUCUUCAUGGGCAAUAGGUACCGCAAGGAGGGAGGGAAGGUUCGUGAUGCGCUUUUCCAGAUUCUUGAAAACGAGGAUGAUGUAACCAUAAAACAUGGAACUCAAUCAAGGGAGAGUCGUCGUGCAGCUAGACAAGGAAUGCACUCAUCUAAAUUUUGCCUCCAUCCUGCUGGAGAUACUCCCUCAGCAUGCAGAUUAUUUGAUGCACUUGUCAGUCUGUGUGUUCCUGUUAUAGUCAGUGAUUACAUUGAACUUCCAUUCGAAGAUAUUAUAGACUACAAUAAAAUAUCAAUAUUUGUUGGGACAAGCAAAGCAUUACAACCUGGAUACUUAACUUCAAUGCUUCGAAGAAUCAGUUCAGAGAGGAUUCUGGAGUACCAGAGGGAAAUAAAAAAGGUGAAACAUUACUUUGAGUACGAGGAUCCGAAUGGACCAGUGAAUGAGAUUUGGCGCCAAGUAUCUCUUAAAGCACCACUGAUAAAGUUGUUGAUUAACCGCAACAAACGGUUGCUUGAAAGAGGCACCAAUGGAACAGAUUGCUCGUGCAUUUGCUCUACAACUCCAACUGAGAUAACUGCAGCCAGUUAA